CUAGCCUGAAGCCGCUCACUGCCUGGCGAACCGGGGGCGUUACCCCCAAACCACACGACCCGGCUCUGGGCACUAUGGCCUGGGGGCUGGUGUACACCCUCCUCUGCACUUCACACGGCAACCCCCCCCGCCCCCACUGAGGCGUGAGGACGCCCUGAGCUGAGCGCAGGGCCAGACAUGACCCGGCGUCACCCCAACCCCUGGACGCAGCAGGUGGCGUCCCCCAACCCCCGGACCCAGCAGGUGGCGCCCAAGGGGCUCCCCGGCGACCGCGCUCGCCGAAGGAGGGACCCGCUGCUGCCCAGUUUGCCCCUGCCCCAAAUCCGGGGAGUAUCUGGCGCGGGGGCCACCCGGGGCUCGAGGGCCUCGGGGAGCGACGACGGGUGGUGGGGCGGGUCCUCGCUCCCAGAGCUGGGGGUGGGUGUCAGGAGCGCCCCGCUGAGCCUGCCCACCCUGCCCACUGGGGCCCAGCGGGCGGCGGAGAACCGGGCGAAGCUGAGGUCGCUCCUGCUGCCGCCCCUGCUCCGGGCCGGGGCGCCCCGGGACCCCGCGCCCCGGCGCCCCAGGCCUGGAGAGAGCGAGGACCCCUGCAGGGGCUCGGCCAGGGAGACCCCGGACUCCCUGCUCGCGCUCCAAGGAGAGCUCCUCCCCAGCAAGUUCCGGGAGUUCCUGCAGCGGACCGGGGCAGAGUGCGUCCGGGCGACGCCACCGACAUCCUCAGCACGGCAAUCAAAAAAGAGUGUAGAGCACUGCCAGCAUCUUCCCCGGUGUCCCCACUGUUCCUUCCCUUCAGACCUGCGGGGUCAGUCAUCGUACUUCCAGAAUAGUCUUAAGAAGAUUUUGCUGCAUCAGAUACCUGCCCUGGGGACCCUGAAGAGAGAUCGCUCACAAUUCAUCACCUUCAAAAAGGCCAACCAGCCCCACGGUGUCCAGGCCCCCAAGCUCAAGACUGUGCUCACUCACAGCUCCUCGGGAGAAGGCUCGGGGAAGAAGCGUAGGCGUUUCUGCCCCUUCCGCGUGCGAUUUGCUGAUGAGACCCUGCGGGACAGCGCGCUCCGCUACUGGGAACGUAGCUUGGCAGUCCGACAGGGCCACGUCGAGAAGGGGAUAGCCACCGGGUCAAUGACGUCAGAACGGGUGUUCAGGAGUGUCGGGAGAUGGCUGGAGAGUUUGCCCAAAGCCCUGUGCCCCAGGGCCCAGGAGGAGGCCACGGCCAGCAUCUCGUUCGGCUGGGACUGCCCGGGCCUGGCCCCCCAGGAGCCACAGGGCCACCUCUCUGAGGAUGCCUCCAUGAAAAGCAGCCUGCCCUUCAUCCCCAGGGCCACCACCCAGAGGCCGCAAAGUGGCCUCAAAACCUUCCUGGAAGCCCACAGCAUCCUGGAGCAGGUGGACAGAUCGCCCAGCUCCUGGAGCCAGAAGCUGGAGUCCUUCCUGCCCAGCGUGGCGCUGGUCCUGAACCGAGGCCGCCCUAAGGGCUCCUGCCUUCCGUGACACCACAGCAGGCGCCCAGGUGAAUGACCACUGGAGCCCAAGCCCACGUGUGGACACGGGGCUGAGAAGAGGCCCUUCCUGUCCCCCAAAUAAACAUACAUUCCAGGUGGCUGGGACCUGCUGCCGGGUCUCACCCUACAAGGCUC